AUGUCUCUGUCUCGUCAAUUCCUUCGACUUUCCACUCGUACUGCCAACUUUAAGAGCUCCAGAUCUUCUGAGAGCAUACUCAUAAGCCGUCACUUCUCUACUAGUCACAUAAGUUUAUUCUAUCGACCUUAUUCGCUCAAGAUGAACGGACACGGGGAUCUCAACAAUUCCCACGCUGGGAGGACAGCAGUCGAGCUUACCCCAGACCCAGCCUUUGCUUAUCGAUCCCUCGCCAUUGACCCUUCUGAUGACCCUUCUGAAGUCCGAGAGAAAUACCGCCCGUUUAUUCUUGAACAAAAGCACAUAAACGAUGAUUGGAUUGCAGAAUUGGAGCUGAGCACAGCUAUCCAAAUGGUUCAGUCCGAGAUUCUCGAUAAAGGCCUAGAUCGUCUGCGAAUCCUAGUCCUCUACGGUAGUCUACGGAGUCGAUCAUAUUCCCGCCUCCUCGCCUUCGAAGCUUCACGAAUCCUCCACCGCCUCGGCUGCGAUGUUCGAGUCUACGACCCAGCCGGCCUCCCUCAAGAAGACGAUAUUCAACAUAACCACCCAAAGGUUCAAGACCUCCGUGAGCUGAGCAAAUGGAGCGACGGCCAUGUUUGGAUAAGUCCGGAACAACAUGGAAACUUGACCGGCAUCUUCAAACAACAGAUUGACUGGAUUCCCCUCUCAACCGGAUCUGUCCGCCCAACCCAAGGCCGAAUCCUCGCCAUCGCCCAAGUCAGCGGCGGCUCGCAGUCCUUCAACGCUGUCAACUCUCUCCGUAUCCUCGGGCGUUGGAUGAGGAUGUUCACAAUACCUAACCAGAGUUCUGUGCCAAAGGCUUAUACGCAGUUUACUUCUGAGGAAGAAGGAAGUCGUAUGCUGCCGAGUGGGAAUCGUGAUCGCCUUGUCGAUUGUAUGGAGGAGCUUGUGAAAUAUACCAUUGUUAUGAGACCGCAUUUUGACCUUUUUGGGGAUCGGUUUAGUGAGAGGGAAGAGAGGAGGGCGAAGGAAGAGGGAAAAUAG